CGCUGAGCCGGCUGCUCUAGCCGCCUUAGCUUUCACUCUUUGGUUUCCGGCCCUGUGUUGGAGGCUCUGAGCGCUUUGACUCCUGGAGACUGGCUGGGCACGUGGAGAGGCUGGUGGACCGCGCGACCUCGCUCUCCGCAACCCCAUGUUCGAGGAGCCGGAGUGGGCCGAGGAGGCCCCAGUAGUCGCGGACCUCGGGUCUGUAGCCUUACGGCCUCGGACCACGGCCGACUCGCAAAUCAAGGGCUCCAAGCACCGCCAGCUCUUGGCCACAUUACGGGCCCUGGAGGCAGCAUCUCUUCCCCAGCAGCCCCCCAGUCUGCCUGGCAGUGACGAGGAGGACGAGGAGGAGGUGGUGCAAAGAAAGAAGAAACGCCCAAAAAAGGUCUUGUUUGCCAGCACUUCUCCUGAAGUAAAGAAGAAAAGGAAGAAGAAACGUCAAAAACAGGGCCCACCUAGCAGUGACUCCAAGGAAGAGGAAGUGGAAAGGAAGAAGUGCCACAAAGGGGCUCUUCUUGGCAAUGACUUUGCUGCAGAAGAGAAAAGAAAGAGGAAAUGCCAGAAACAGGACCCUUCAAAUCCUGCCCAGCCCCUGGACAAUGUUGACCAAACUGGUUCCAAAGCCUGGGAUUCUAGUGCUGCAAAUGACUCCACCAAGCCAAGCCCUGAGACCCCUUGCUCUAAUCCUCCGCAUACCUUGAGUCGCAAGCAGUGGCGGAACCGGCAGAAGAACAAGCGUAGACAGAAGAACAAGUUUCGGCUUCCUCAGGCGCCAGAGCAGGCCCCAGCCACAGCCGCCGCAGAGGAGACAGAGGUGCCUCCUGCCCCCAGUCCAGACAGCCAUGGAGCCCGGGCGGAGGCUCUGCGAGCCCGCAUGGCCCAGCGGCUGGAUGGGGCCCGGUUCCGCUACCUCAAUGAACAGCUGUACUCAGGGCCCAGCAGUGCUGCGCAGCGCCUCUUCCAGGAAGACCCUGAGGCCUUUCUCCUCUACCACCGUGGCUUCCAGAGCCAAGUCAAGAAGUGGCCACUGCAGCCAGUGGACCGCAUUGCCAGGGAUCUUCACCAGCGGCCUGCGUCCCUGGUGGUGGCUGACUUUGGCUGUGGGGACUGCCGCCUGGCUUCAAGUAUCCGGAACCCUGUGCACUGCUUCGACUUGGCCUCUCUGGACCCCCGGGUCACUGUGUGUGACAUGGCCCAGGUGCCUCUGGAGGAUGAAUCUGUAGACGUGGCUGUGUUCUGCCUUUCACUGAUGGGAACCAACAUCAGAGACUUCCUAGAGGAGGCAAAUCGAGUGCUGAAGCCAGGGGGUCUCUUGAAAGUGGCUGAGGUCAGCAGCCGCUUUGAAGAUGUUCGGACCUUUCUGGGGGCUGUCACCAAACUGGGCUUCAAGGUCAUCUCCAAGGACCUGACCAACAGCCACUUCUUCUUGUUUGACUUUCAAAAGACUGGGCCUCCUCGGGUCGGGCCCAAGGCUCAACUCUCAGGCCUGAAGCUCCAGCCUUGUCUCUACAAGCGCAGGUGACCUCUGGACCCCCCUUGAAAGGGGAGGCAAGUCUUAAACUCCAGGCUCAGUACUCUGAAGUACUCAGGCUGUGACCCGGGGCCUGGUACCACCCUUACUCCAUCCCAAGAACAAAAUGUAAUGAAACCCCUGGCUCAGCCCUGCUCUAAUGAAGGCUUCUUGGUUCCAGGAAGCAUAAAGUCAUUUGGGCUAGCUAAAGAAUAAGGAGUUACUGUGAGAACGCAGGAGUAUCUGGGAAUUGUGGAUGCCCUUAGUGUCAUGGAAACGACAUGGUUUGGAAUUCAAUGCAUCUCUGGGUGUGGCUCCUCUUUCCAUCUCUCAGGAGCCAUGUGGGCUUUCUGUCCUAGCAUCUCCACUCUCCUCUAUUGUCCUUUUCCUGUUUGCACAUCAGCUCCUUCUGCUUACUCAUAGCUUCUACAGCUUUGGUCUGCCCAGGCCUUGAAGGCCUGGGGCAGGCAUUGCUUCUUGGCUCUGGGGCAGCUGGUAGCCCACCAGCAUCCUGGCUGAGCACGUCAGUCUGGGCUUCUAGGUCAGGAUGGUUUGAUUGUCCCUGUACUGAGUGCUUCUUUCCCCUGAUCCUUAUCUCCAUCUUUGGACCUGUAUGGCCCAAACUACUCCUAGUAUCUGUUGUCCCAUAGGGCCCUGGUGUGUGUCUGGCUGAGGGCACAAAUUUUGGAAUCAGGUAGGCCUGCCACUGAUUGCUGAGUCUUUUAAUCUUUGAAUGUCAUAUUACUCAUUUGGAAAAUGGUAGGAUUCUUGUCUCAUGGGAUUGUCGUGUGGUGUGGGUUAAUGAGGAAAUCUGUAGCUAGGGCUGGGUGCACAGGAGGUGCACAAUAGACUGUAGCUGUGGCUGAUGUGUGUCGUAAGCAUUACUGUUUUCUAAAGACCUUCUCCAGGCAGGGUUAGGGGCCGAAGAGUAAAGAAUGGACUUGUUGACUGAGGAAGACUCUGGGAGAGCUCAAGGUAGGCCUUUCAACAGGCUUAUUUUAUAGGAUUUUUAGAGAUUCUUGACAGAUUGUGAGCUGUUCUUUGAGGGGGGGUGGUGCAGGAGCUGGGCCUCUUCAUAAAUCACAACUGAUUGAUGCUAUUUGGGGUGGAGAUUGGGCUGUUCAUUGGCAGAAGGGUCUGUCUGUUGUUUCUGCCUUGUAGUGGGCCCAAAUCAGCAUGUCUUAGGAAAGCUAUAGGCAGGGAAGGCUAGUGCUGGGAGAAGAUGAACUGGGAUGAUAGGUCCUUGGCCCCUUCCAGAAGGCAUCUGCCAUGGGCCCAGGUAUAAAGAUAUAGCCUGUUCUACCUAUUUCAAAGAACAAGAGCUGAGAGUGACCACUGGGACACAGGUUCCAGGGCUCUGAGCCAGUUGGGUGCCUCCAGUAAGGUGGGUGUUUUGAGGCAGGCUGUGUAGACCAGAGGGCAUGUUUGGAGACUGGGCUAUGAACCAUCCAGCAGCUGCUGCUCAGUACCUUUGCAUGUGCUUCUCUCUGCUGAAGACUCAUCUGAUCAGCAGAGUCUUACUCAUCCUUCCAAACAGCCUAGUUGUUUCCUACUCCGUUACUCCCAAAGCAGAACUAACUUCCUCAUCCGCACUCUCAAAGCGCUACGUGACGAGUGCAAUUUCAGCAUUUAAAUACUGUGUGGCAGUUGCUUUGUGCGUUAGGCUGCAGUCUUCUCAACUCAUAUUUAUCUUUGUAUUCCUGAGCCGGUCACUUGAGAUCCAUCUAAGGAGGUGAUAAGGAUGACAGGGUCCAGUUGAGUGGGACCGAUGAGAAGCGGGGGUGUUGCAGGAGCCCAGGUUCGGGCACGUGAUGAGGGUACUGUGAACUAGUGACGGUGGAAUAGGCGGAGGCGGUUGGGAGAACUUCAGUGAGUAGAACUGGUGGCACAUUGCGGCUUGGUGAGAGAAAGGAAUCUGAAGCAAGUCUUGGGUUUCUGGCUUGAGCAACUGGUUGGGCUGGUGACGCCAUUCAAAAGGUUGGGUUUUUGGUACCUUGAUGUUCACUUGGAAGUGGGACAGAAACUCAGCAGCCAGAGGAGGUAACUCAAGUCAUAGGAAUAGAUAAGAUAUCCAAAGUAAGAGAACGAGAAGAGAAAGUGGCUUGGAAUAGAACCCACAGGAGCAUUUAAUGGAUGAGUAAAGGAAAAUGAACCAAUAAAGGGGACAAGAAGAGAAGGUGGGGCCAGAGAUGGAGGAGUAAAACCAGGAGAAUGAAUUUCUUAAUGUGGAAGGAGUGGGGAGGUUUUCGGCCGACAGAUGCUGUUGAAAGGUCUAUUAAGAUGAGAGAGAGGUCAGGUCGCAGCAGGGAGAGGAUUGCUGCAUAAUGUUGAGGGCCUGGGGUUUGAAUUUAUAGUGGUAUUAUUCAUGAAUUUAUAGUGAGCCCAAUGCUGUGGUUCUCUCUACGUACUCAGGAAUCUAGGUGUAGCUGUGGAAAAAAUGAGUACUGAGGGAUCAUCCAGAGUUGGAAACUUGCCAUGCAAUUGAAAUAAACGAGCAAAGGAAUUUCAGACCGUUCGUAAGUAAGUGAUUGCUAUGCUGGACCAUGGAAUUUGGUAGAACAGGUGAGUGGAGUAAAGACAGGAGUAGGUUGUUGCAUUGGAGGUAACUGAACAAGUAACCUAGAAGGAUGGGAGACUGUGGUCAGAAACUGGAAUGCCUGAAUAAUUCAUAUUGGAAGCAGAGCAGCUCCAGGCAAUGGCUAAGUUUAGAGUGUAGUUAUAGGGGUGAGUGCCUGAGAGGUGUGCAAGGGAGGUUGCCCGGAGAUUGGUUAAUGCAUGGAGGCCUCAGGUAUUGAGAGAGGUUCUGCGUGGACUUUGAAGGUCUCCAGUAUGAUGGUAGACAUAAGCGUGGAACAGGUGCCAACCUCUUGAAGAAGGGGGCAGAUACAGGAGAUCUGCAAAGAGUAGGAGAGGCGGGAUAGCGUGAACUUCAAAGGGACAGAGGGUUCACACAGCCUACUAGAGAGACUUCCAUCUUGGGGGUGAUGUGAGGCUGGUGAGUGGAGCUGGCUACCAGGCAGCCAAGACAAAAUACCCUGACAGUCCUCUCCAGCUUGGCAGGAUUCACUGGGGAUUGUUGGGGAGACAACUGUUGUGGCAGCUCCAUGGGACAGGAAUCUCCUGGGAUAACAGGGACGGAGGCAAGCCAUAAAGUCUAAGGGAUGUUUUGGAGUAGCAGGGCAUCUGUCUCACUGUAGUGCACACAUCGCCUUUUUAUAGGUGAUAUAUCUCUGUUUCCCAAGUGUUAUUUAUAUUCCUAGAUCUUGAUUAAUUUUCCCUGCUUUAUUAUCAUGCUCAGCAGGACAGCUGGGGUCUGCCUUUCUCCCUCUUUUGCUUUCCUCCCUUACUUAAAAUUUGGAUUCUUUCUUUGCCUGUUCUGGCUCCAGCCACCUACAUAAACAUCUUUCUGGGUCUCACUCAGGACCCCGGCUCCCCUAACUCAGCCAAGCCUCCAUCUGCGUUUCUAUCAAUUCUGAAAGCAGGACUUUCCUGAGUCUGGGUCCCCCCCCGCUCCAUCGUCAGCUUCAGGACAAGCUGUUCUUCAAGUCCAUGCCUGGGCUUCAGUGUCUAACGUUAAGAGCCUAGGCUGAAGAGAGAAUAAUAUAUAUUUCUUUAAGAAAUAACAGCAUGCCAGCUGUUUAAGGAACAGUGAGAUCAGUUUAAGGAACAAUUGGAGAACAGAAUGAAGGAGUGCAGUCAUAGUAAGAAGUAAACAAGAGUGGGAAAGAGUGUAAUUGGAGAUUCCACUGGGAGCAUUUGGGAAGCCUGAGGUAUUUAUUCCUAAAGCCAAGAAAUGGUGAACCUGGAAUCUGACUCCUGCCCUGGAAAUGUGGAGGGCAAACAGAGAUUCAUUAACUGUUUCAGGGGUGGAGCCAGGGGAGUGCUGCUGUUUUUGCAUUGGCCUGCGUUCCCAGAAUUUGCCGUGGUAAGCCAUGCAUGAGUGUAUCCUUUGCACCUUGCAGGAGAGGGAAGUGUCAGCUGGUCUUGAGUCCUGUCCGGUAGGACCAUUUGAAGAGGCAAGGAGACCUUAGCACAAAGAAGCUAGGAGUGUGCCAUGUGGGCUGAGGAGGGAGCCUCAGGAAACCACCCAGAAUAAAGCUGCAUCCACCAAGGUAAAGGGGACUGCAGAAAAGGGACAGCAUGAUGCUCCCUUUAAAUAUCUAGCAGGCCCGUGGGGCACAGAAACACCCAGUCAAGCAAGCUCUGUUUUAUCCCCUUCCUCUCUGCAGUUGGGCCCAGAGCAGUCAGCAGCUCUUAGGUGGAGAGGAGGUGAGAAGAGCAGAGAGCAUCCAGACCAUUCCUCCCUUCCCCAGUGCAGGCUCCUUGACUUAAGUGGGACAGAGCUGGGAGGCGAAAAUAGUUAAAGCUACAAUAGGUGCAAAUUAUUUAUUGUAACGUAGGAUUAGACAUUGCAAUCAUCUGAGACUGGUUUUGUAUCUUAAACUGAUUCUAAGACAUCUAUGAACUAAGAAUGAGCUGAAAAGUCACAGGCUUGCUGCAGCUUUUCUCUAAAUGAAAAAGGGUUGGAGGGGUGGUGAGAGACGAGAAUAAAGUUGGGUUUGGCUAGCAGUCUGUGCUUAUGCUUCCUCAGCAUCCCUUUUAGAGGCUUAUUGCCCCUGCAGUCAUCGGGGUGCUCCAGCUUUUGUUCCUGUAACACUGUUCUAAGGGAGCACAGUUCCCAAAGAAGCAACAUGGUCUUGGCAGAGACACAGCUCGGCUCCAGUCACUCAACCACUUACGUAAUUUCACGAAGCCCUUUACACAUUCUCACAGAGACCUCUAAUUACGUUGUCCUCCAUCCCUGGUGACCUCCCAGGCUGUCCACCUGGUUCUAGCACAUUCGACUACUGCAGUAACCACCUUACUGGUCCAGUUGCUUCCACUCCUGUCCCCAGAGCAAUUCAUUUUCCACUCAGCCAAGUGAGCUUUUUAAAAUGUAAGUCAGAUAUGUCACUUCUCUGCUGAAAAUCCUUCAGUGGAUUCACAGUGCUCUGAGAACAAAAGACAAACUCCUUCCCAGGCCCUAUGUGAUCUUGCCCAGGCCUCCCUCUCCAACUGCACCUUAACCCACUGCUUCCACACGAAACUGCAGCCACACAGGCUUUCUUUCCAUUCCUCAAGUGUUCCAAGCCAUUUCUACUUCUGGGUCGUUACAUUUGCCACUCCAUCUUCUCAAGAUACUUUUCCCUGGUGAGUUCAUUUUCAUCUUCCAGAUCUUCACACCAGCAUCACCUUUUCUUCUGUGGAAAAACCGGGCUAGAUGCUCACCAAAAUGUCCUUUUCCUGGACACACAGUUAAAUUACAUUUCCCAGCGCCUUGCAUCAAGGUGGGGCUGUGUGCAUCGUCCUCCCCAGUGGAAAGGGAGCAGAAGUGACGUUUCACUACCAGGCCAAGACAGUUCAAGAGUGGACGAGCCUUCUCCGUGUUCUCCACCCCCUCCUCUGCCUUCCAGGGUGACCUUGAAGCACGUGUUUUGAAGAUGGAGUCAGAGCGUAGAAGGAGUCUGGAUAUUUAAGUCCCUGCUUAGAGGAGAAUUGCUUGAUCGAGAAUAUCCACAUUUCUUUGAACAAGGAAUAACCUCUGUUGCAUUAGUGUUUAGCAUGAUAUGCCCUGGCUAAUAUAGCUUCUCUGGCCACCCUGUCCACCUUGUCUUGAUCACAGAACCCUUUCUGCUUCCUUCCGGGUGCUUCAGACAUUUAAUUAGCUUACCAGAUGCCGGUCAACACUUCCCCAGUCCUAUGAAUUGGACUCUUAACUGGGGAAAAAAAUGCUCACAUGAGGAAGUUGAGAUACUGAUUUUAUCAGUUUAUCAGUUACAUUUUGAUUGUGACAAAAGAAAAGCAACAACAAAAAAAGGAAAUCCCCCUAAAGAAUAUCUUAAACAAAUUAGAUUUUUCUUCUUGUAAAACUAGAAACCUGAUGGUUGGUGGCUGUUGGCAUUGGUUCAGGAAUUCAAGGAUGUUAGCAGUUAGGUCUGUGUGACUCUCUUGAUCCUCAUGGUCACAGGAUGAUGUGUUUUGAUUAAGCAGAGACACCCUACUUACUAUUACCCUUCUCAGGAGUCUCACAGGUAGCCACAGCCCCUAUCAUUUUGGCCUUACUUCAAGGGUCCUUCUACAUUGUUAGUACUCUGGUGUAAAUAUGUUCCAUUUAUUCCCUAUAACAUGGCUGAGACCAAUCUGAAAUAUUACUAUUUUAAAUAUAUUUGUCUCCCCCGCCCCUUCCCACAUUUCAGUGGCCUGUCAGCAACUCAUCCAAUUCAAAGCUGUUCUCCCUGCAGCUCAGUGGGGGGUGGGGAAACCUUCAUGGUCUGUUUUUUUCACUCAUUCUCUACCUCCUCUAUCACUUGUAGGACUGGGAUGGGGGAAGGCAUGUUAGAGGCACAAAGGCUAAACUUUGAUUUAGUUUAGCUUCGUCAGUGUGUCCUACUAAGACAGGCAUUUAAAUGUUGGCUCAGUGUGUGAGGUAUUGGGGUUCUCUGGAGUCCCGCCAUGGCACUUGCGCACUAACUGGUUUUGGUUCCCUCCUUACAAUACUCAGCCCACACUCCCCCUCGGCUCUUCAGCUCCUGACACUGACAGCGUAUGCACAGUGUCCUAGUGCUGAAGUCCCUCACCCUGGCGGGCAGCCCUCCUGGGAGAGGUUCCAACAAAUACCUUAGGAGUGGUUACCUUUUUGGGAGCUCCCGGGAAACUCAUGCAUGUUUGUCCUGCCAAACAGCAGAAGUGCAGCCCCGCCAGCAGCUGACUCCCCUUGCCCUGUCCCAGCUAGCCUGACUCUGACUUCUCCAUAUCUCUCUCUCUGCCUCCAAACCCUCACAAGUGACUCAGGUUACUUUCUCCCAAGAAGCCUCUGCCCCAGGCUCCACCCCAGUGGCCAUAUGGAGCCAGGUCUAUAAGUUUCUGAGUGUAGCAAGCGUCUUGCUAGAGAAUGUAAUGCUGAAUGAAUAUAAGGUCUCUCCCUCUCCUGGAAACAUGAAAUGACUAUAAGUGGUUGUGUUGGAGCCCUCCUCGCUUGAUUUAGGAUGGAGGGGACAGCGCUGCUUCUUUACCUUUCGGGGAGAACUUCUCUCUAUUCCUAAAAAUUCCCGUCAAUGAAGCUUGCUUUUCUAACUUCAUGUACAAUAGGAAGGUUGGUGGGCCCUGGAUCAGCUUUAUUACCUUAGAGUAAAUUCUAUGUAGGUAUAUCUAGCACCCUUAUUUAACAUCUUCUUACUUGUGCAAGUAUUCUUGUAAAAUGUGAAUUGUUCUCAUGCAUGUGCUUUAUUUAUAGAGUAUUGUCAACAAAUCUUGUCUUCUUUUUUUCCAUCACUCAAUUGUGUUUUUAAUAUCCAUCUAUGUUAUCAAUCAGGGCCCACUCAGGAAAAUAGAAACCAUACUAAGUGUUUCAAAUAGAGGGCAUUUAAUGCAGAGAAUUGAUUACAAGUGAUAGAGGCUGAGACAAAAGAAGAUGCUUGAUGUAAUUAAAAAUUAAGAACUGGAGAAAUCAGAUAAUGUCCUAAGGCCUGGGAAAACAAAAGGGAAGAAGGGAAAUAAUUACCAGAAACUAGGAGCUCAGAAAAGGGGCCACUUUUAACUGGUCAGUACUCAGAUCUUUAUGGGGAGGCUCCCUCCACAUACCUGGUGCUUGGACUUCUGAGGAAGGAAAUGGCCUUGAGGGUGAGGGAGCAAGGUCUGACCGUUCUCUGACUGCCAAGGGGGGAGCUGAUCUGCUGCUGGUGUCUCAGAAGUGUAGCAAAGCUGCUGCUGAGUGCAAAAGAAGCUAGUAGCCAGAGACAACUGUCUGCAGCUGAAAUACUGUGACAGCAACUGGAAAACAGGAAUGAAGACUCUCCCCCCAUGUUUCAUUUUCAGUUUCCCUCUAUGGCAUCCCUUUGGCAGAACCUAAUGGAACCACCUGCCAGUGGAUUCUGGGAAGUACACUCUGCAGAGUCACAGCUGCAACAACACAACUCCAGAGGGUGUGUACGUGGGGGCUGAGAGGGAGGUGUGCUGCAGAGGGAGAUAUGGAGAGUGUAGAAGCCAAAAGAAAAUAGGUAAAUAGCCAGUAUAUUCCAUGUAGCUGCUCAUACAUCUAGAUUGUUGCUUCUGUCAGCUGUGAAGUACUUCAUAAUAUGCAUCCACCAUAGUAAACUUAUAUAUUGGCCUGGUUGCCUCAAAUUCUUUGCCAUCUGGAGAAAUUAAAAUCCUUGCAGCUAGGGUUCUGAGUACAAAAUAAGUGCCCCCGACUAGAUGCACUCAUUUGAGAUUUGGGAGGUAAGGGUCAUCUUCCUGCCGCUUGGCUGUUAUUGCUGGAGGCAGGUGUAAGCGCUCGGCUUUCUGCAGCAGCGUCCUGCCGAAGCCAGGGACAAAAUAGGGUGCCCGCUGUAAGGGCGAAGGUCAGCAUAUUCUGGAAGUUCAGUAGGUAAAAUAAAUCUGCUCUGUACAAAUUUGGCUUUAAUAAGAUGGUUAAGAAGAAAAAUUAUUGGAAGGGUGUCAAUAAGUUACUCAGAGAACUAAUGGAAAGUCCAGGGAGUGAGGCUUAGAGAACAGACAGGAGCCAAGGGAGGAUGAACAGGUGCAAAAUCUAAGGUCAACUUUAGUCAGUCUGGUUAGGAUGGCACUGCUGUCACCAUUGCUACUUGACUUUACUCUCACUGUUUUGGGUACAUAGAUUGAUGCUGAGAAUUGAGAUAAUCCUCCUCUAUGUUCAUGGCGCUAUAUUAGGACUGGCUCAGAAAGGCCCCUCUCCUGUUCUUUAUUUUGUUUGUUUACUUUAUUCCUGAUUCAUACUUCUGCUCCUCUUGUACCCCACAAUGUGUUUGUUGUGUGCCCCUGUACACCUGUGUAUCUUUGGCAAAAUAGAUGGUGGUUUUGGUAUAUGCAUGCUGUGGCAGAGACUUGCCAGCUGUUCCUCGCACCCAUUUUCUUCUUCCCGGAAAAUUAGCUGUACUCUUUCCCAGCUUCCCUUAUUCUUAAGUCUGGCCAUGUGAUUGAAUCUAGCCAAUUGGAUGGUAGUGGAACUAAGGUGUGCUACCUCUGUGAUUUGGGUCCUUAAAUUUUCCUAUGCACAGUCCCCCGUGUUAUUUCCACUUUGGCCUUUGAGCAUAUGACCUUGAAAGCUACACGUUGAAGAUGACGGAGCCAAAAGGUGGAAGGAGUCUGAACGUCACUUAGAGGAGAGCCACCCACCAAUUAAGAACAUCUGUUUUGGAUUUCACGUGAGUGAAAAAGAAAUCUCUAUCUUUUUGAGCCAUUAUACCCUUGGUUUGUUGUUACAGCGACUAGUAAUCUUUUUUUAAAAUCCCUUUUAAUUGAACACAUCAGAAAAGUAAACAAAACACACACCCAUGCAGAAAAGUAAACAAAAAUGUUAAGCCUAAUGGUUUAUCACAAGGCCGGUACCUGUGUACGCGCCACCUAGACUAAGAAACAGAAGGCUGUCAACACCCAGAAGCCUCUUUUAUGUCACCUCCCAACUUUCUUCUCUUGACUUUGCAAAGUUACCACCAUCCUAACUUUCAUGACAUUGAUUUCCUUGCUUCUAUUUAUAGCCUUACCAGUUGAGCAUCCAUACCUAAAUUGUAUAUAUUUCCAUGUGUCUGGCUUCUUUCCAUCCCAUGGAUGGGAUUCAUCCAUGUGUUGAGUGCAGCUGAAUUUCAUUCAUUUUUAUUUCUGUAGAAAUAUAUCCCAUUCUGUGAAGAAACCACAGUUUAUUGAUUGAUUCAACUGUUGAUGUACAUUUGAGUUAUAUAUCAAUCAGAAUGGGCUGGAUCAUGCUACAGGAAACAAAAACCCAAAAUAUUAAUGGCUUAACCCCACAAAAGAUAAUUUUUUACUAUUGCUGUAGGUUGGCAGGGACUCUGUUCGUAGUCACUAAGGUACUCAAGCUAAUGAAACUCCAUUGCAAUACAUGCUUCCGUAAUCACUAGGCGAGAAAAGGGAACAAGACAGAUCACACCCUGGCACCAAAAGCUUCACCCUGGAAGCGACACAUGUCCUCUUUGCCCCGUUUAAUUGGCCAAAACAAGUCUCAUUGCCAUAUAUACCUCCUGUACAAGCCUACCGUGUACCCAGAAGGAAGAGAAACAGAAUGUGAACUGCCUAAUGAUUAGUUUGUGGUUCCUACAAACAAUGCUGCUGUGAACAAUCUUGCAAGUGCCUCCUGUGCAUGUGCACAUGCUUCCUUUGGGAAUAUAACUAGGAGAAAACUGGUCAUAAAGUAUGUAUAUCCUCAACUUUAAUAGUUAAUGCCAGACUGUUUACAAAUUUUUCAAUUUAUACUCCCUUCACCAGGGAAAUGAGUGUUCACUUAAUCCACGUGAGAAUUCACUUUAUUCCAUAUCUUUGCUAUCUUGUGGCAUUGUCCCCCAGUUCCAGUAUAUGUGUUAUGUUAUGUCCUUUGGUUUAACUUUUCAUUUCCCUAAUUACUAAUGGGAUUGACCUUUUCAUAUACUGACUGCUUGAAAAUCCUCUUCGAUCAAGUGCCUGUUGAAGUCUCUUGCCCAUUUUUUUCUAAUGGAUUGUCUUUUCUUUGUUGAUUUUGUAUUUUAUAUAUAUAUAUACACACACACACACACACACACACACACACACACACGUAAUCCCUUCUGGUUAUAUGUACUGCAUGUAUCUUCUCCCAUUCUGUGGUUUGCUUUUUCACUCUCUUAAUGGGUGUUUAUUGAAGAACAGAAGUUUAAUGUAGCCUGGUUUAUCGAUUGUUCAUGGUUAAUGCUGUGUGUGCCUAUUUAAAGAAUCAUUCCUACCCCAAAAUGAUGAAGAUAUCUUACUAACUUAUCUUCUGGAUGUGUUAGUAUUUUGCUUUCCAUAGUUCUACAACCCAUGUGCAACUGAUUUUUCUGUGUGGUUAGAAUAGGAGCCAAGCUGAAUUUUAUUUCCAUCUAGAUAUCCAAUUAAUACAAAACUGUUCAUUGAAAAAAAAUUUUCCUCUUACUCUCUACCUUUCCAUAUUUUUCUAUUAAGUGCGAGUUUGUUUCUGGACACCCUAAUCCAUUCCUUGGUCUGUACGUCUAUCUUCACAGCAGUACCUCACUGUUUUAACUACAGUAGCUUUCUAAUAGGUCUUAGUAUGUGGUACAGCAAGUCCCACACGUUUUUCAUCUCCAGAAGGACUAUUGUUGGACCUUUGCAUUUCCAUGAUUGUCAAGUUCCCUGAACACCCUGAUGGGAUUUUCUUAUGCUGGAUCAGUUUGGUGCGAAUUGAUACAUUUGUAAUACUGAGGCUUCCAAAUCUGUGGUCUGUGUGCUCCAUUUCAUUAAUUGCUGUCAAUGUUUUAUAGAUUUAUGUGCAAAGUUCUUCUUGCACAUCUUUUGUUAUAUUUAUUCCUAGGCAUUUACUGUUUCUUUUUUAAACGUCUUGCAAAUGGGAUCUUUAGAAAUUUCAUUUUCUCCUUGCUUUUAUAUAGAAAUGUAACCAAUUUUUGUGUGUUGACCAUGGAGCAGCACCCUUGCUAAAUAACCUCACUUACUAACUAAUAAUUUAUCUGUAUUCUUUUAUGCUCUACAUAUAUUAUAUUCAUAUCGUCUCUGAACAUCAUAUCAGUUUAUUUCACCCUUUCUAAUUCUAUAUCAUUUAUUCUUAUCCAUGCUAUACUCCACUGGCCAGGAGAUCCAUCACUAUGUUCAAGAAGAGUGAUGUUGGUGGAAGUCUGAAUCAUUAUCAGACUUGAAGGAAAAGAUUUUAGUAUUUUGUCAUUGAGUGUGGUAUUUGAAGUGAGAUUCUGAUUAAUGGUUGUCAGAUCAGUAAUGUGCUCUACUUGCUAUUACUUGUAUCAUGAAUUGGAUUUUGAAUUUUGUCAAAUGCUGCUUCUGAAUUGAGAUGAUCAUAUAUUUUUAAAAAUUCUGUCAGUGUAGCAAGUAAAAGAUUUAUUUCCAUAUGUGAAAUCAACCUUGAGUUUUUGGAAUAAAAUCAGCUUAGUUGAUUAUAUCUUUUUUAUAUAUUGAUGAAAUCAGUUUAAUAAUACUUUGUAUAGGACUUUUAAAUCUGUGCUCAUGAGUGAACAUAAGUGAUAUCUUCCUAUAAAUCUUCCUUUUCCCACUCAACACAGUGCUUUUAAGUUCUCUUCGUGUUGCUAUAUGUACCUAUAACGCACUUUAACCUCUUCUUCACAUGCUCUAAUGGCUUCCCAUCUCAUUCAUAAUAUAGCCCAGAGUUCUUACUAUAACCGAAAAGCCCCUUGUAUUAUCUGGAUUCCAAUUAUCUCUCUAACACUCGCCCCCUUCAUACACACCUUUUCAGCCAUACUGUCCACUUUGCUAAUUAUUGAAUAUUCUAGGCAUGCCCCUGCCUCAGGGCCAUUGUACUAUUUCAUCUACCUGGAAUAUAUUUUCACAGUUAUCUUUAUGGCCUACUUCCACACUAUAUUUGGAUCUCUGUUCAAAUGUCAAUCUAUCAGGUAAUCCCUCUCUCUAGCCAAUACUUUUUCUUUCAACUUUUUUUUUUUUAAGCCAAUACUUUCUGCUGCCUUACCAUGCUUAGCGUUUCUUCAAGGGACUAAUCGCCAUCUUUUAAAUUACAUAUUUAUUUGUUUAUAUAGUUAUUAUGUAUUUCCUCACACUAGAAUGUAAAUUCCAAGAGAGUAGGGACUUAUCUGUUUUAUUUAAUACUGUAUCCCUGGGAUCUAGUACAUACUUGCAUCUGACAUCUGUUUAGUGUUCCAACAUGUAUUUGUUUAGAACAUUUAACAUAGCCAUUCCUCUAAAGACAUUUAGAUUAUCCAAAUCCUUGUGACUACAAAAAAAUGGGGGGAAGGAUUUUCUUAUAAAUGUUCUCUUAAAUGUA